UCGUGAUGCUGUUCAGUUUCUAGGAUUCUCUACUGGAGAUACAACACCCGCCAAAAGGUAAGAUUCAUACAGAUCAGCUUUCUGAAGCUCCCGAUGCGGUCAAGAUGAGCUCCUUCACUCCAUCCAACACGCGCGACGCCUCCCCCACAGUCCUCCGGUCCUCGUUUCUCGCAAGGGAUCCUAUCGUAGGCACCCGCAUCAUUUGGUUACCCUUCCAUAUGCCGCUCUCGAGCCUGUAACAGGACCUCGUGAAUGCCGCAGCCGGAUUACGGUGGGUAGCGCAUCCUGUAUAGGACGUACCAAGCGGGCGGGUGAACGAGGCUCGGAACUUAACCCUAAGAAGAUAUCUGGUUAUCAAGUUUUGCGCUCUUGUCGCCCAAGUCGUCUUUUAUGCCGGUGAAGCACCAGCUGUCAUCAUGCCCGCUGAAAAGUUGGAUGAUUGACUGGUGGCGCUACUGCCGACGGACAGGCGAGGAGGGCAGUCCAGUCACCGUUUGGGUGCGCGAGAGGAUCGGUGCCAUGAGUCGUUUGGUAAGAGCCUCUGGUCUGAGGACGCUCGUCAGCCCUUUCCGCUGGAACCAGCACAUUGGUCAAGAGUAG